CUCUAAAAUAAAGGAAAAAAGAUUUCAAAAAUUUUGAAGGGGCCACGAUCGAUUUAUAGCGUUUUAUACGCAAAUGCUGUCGUAUGUAAGAAAGUAUGGAUUGGGAGAACCAGUUUUCGUCGAUUUUACGUGAUACAGAAAAUAAUUUAGCCCGAGUGAAGAGUCAUCUUGGGUCUGCAAAAUCCACAUCACAACGUGCUUUAUCUCCUUUAAACCCAACAGAAUUUUCCCAUUUACGAGCUGGUUCCUCUCGCGAUUUCAUGGCCUCCACCCCUAAGACGAGACAUGUUGGCUUCAGAGACCUUGAGGCUGGACAAAGCACAGUGCCAUCCCAGAGUAAUUACCCUGCUUAUUCAUCAUCUGGGCGAUCGUAUUCAUCAAAUCCUGAACCUGGGAUGAUGUCAAAUGAUGCCCCAUAUAUAGAAAUAGAUCAAUCUCCAGCAGUGGUAGCUCUUCUGAAUGAUAAAAUUGAACACCAAGAGAGGCUGAUAGAUAAGCUGAGAAGGUCAGUUGAUAAGAUGGAAGGAGAGAGGAACUUUUACAAAAAGGAGCUCAAAAGUAUACAAGAUGAGCUCAAUAAGCUAAGUGACAGGGUAUAUGAGAAAGGUGUUGAUCUGGAAACAGAGCGUAAGAUUGAGCAAUGGAAGCGCAAUAUGAUGACAGAACUACAUAUGGUACAAAGCCAGCUACAGGCGCAGAAAAAGAGUGAUGACCUCACACACCUAGGCACCAAUCAAAUGUUUGAUGCGACUAGAGAAAUUCAAGAUUUGAAGCGCUUUGUUAGAGAGGAUAAUGACUCAUUACGUAGGGAAUUGGAAUCUGUUAAAACUAGAAUGGUGAAAACAGAUCUUGAGAUGACCACUUUAAGGGCAGACAACCAAGAUCUUAGUAGGAGGAAUGACAGACUCGAAAGGAUAUUUAGGGAACUGUCAGACACCUACCAGACACAGCAGCAGAAUAGCAAUCGACAGGAGGAAGACAGGGAUCAUGAGAAACAUCAAAUAACAGAACUUCGCCUGACUGUAGCUGCAUUAAGAGACAGAAUAGGACACAUGGAGACAAACAAUCAACUCACACAUUCCCAGCCAAUAAAACAAAAUACAGAAAAAUCCAAACGGCACAAAAAGAAACCACAAGCCAAAAUCAGGGGACCAGCAGAUAUGUUCAGUAUACACAGUAGUGACCUUGAUCUAAGUAGCAGCCUAAGCCUUGCAGAUUAUACCUCAGAUUUGUCUCUCAGGUCGAAUAGAAAAUCUAAACACAAUGGGCCAAAAGAAAAAGUAUCUGCUUUCUCUGAGGAGCUUGAUGAUUUAAACUUGAGUGAUGUGGAUACGGCUGACAGUGAUGACUCCCUAGACUUAGAUGAACUAUAGAGCUGACAUUAUUAAUUAUGUAUUUAAACAUGAAUUUGAAUGGGAGAAGGUAAAAAAUGGAGGAAAGUAGAAUAUAAUCAAACUUGGAGAUACAGAUUUAAAAUGAUCAUAUCAUCAGUAGAUCUCUAUUAAAAAGAAGUAAAUGAAUCACCAUGAGAAUCUGCCUUUUGGACUUAUCAGGGUCUUACUGAGUUAAUUAUAAAUAUAGGAUAAUUUGGACAUUUUCAUGUGCAUUCCUUCUACAAUCAUUGAACUCUUGAUAGGUCUACUGUACUAUGGUUAUAGGAGGUAGUUCUGUAUAUUAAAAGCACAAUCAAUGUCUCUGAUUUAAGAUGUAGACAUUACAUUGAAGUCACCAAUUAAGGUAUUUUAGUACAAUGCCAUAUAUAUUAUUAUUUAAUACAAAGGCAUACAUUAUUGUAUAUGCAUGAAUUGGCUUAUAUCAUUGAAUUCUCCCAUUUAAUACUUUUAAAAGUUUAUUACUAUCGAAUAUAUUCAUCUGGAUAUACAGGGUGGUCCAAAAAAAUGGGACACUCGUAUUUCGAAAAUAGAUAUUGAUU